AUGCUGCCCUUCACCCCCAGCAACCCCCAGCAGGGUCCCGAGCCCCUAAAAUUGUCACGAGGGGACCUUCAAGUGACAAUUUUGGGGUCUCUGACCCCCCCUUCUCCCUCCUCCUUCCCCCGGCAGCUGCUGCGGAAGCGCCAUAUCGGCAACGAUAUCGUGACAAUCGUGUUCCAGGAGCCGGGGGCGCGCCCCUUCUCCCCCCGCGCCCUCCGCAGCCACUUCCAGCACAUCUUCCUGGUGGUGCGCGUGCACGAGCCGGGCACGCCCCGCACCUCCUACAGCGUGGCCGUGGUGCGUCCGGAAGAAACCCCCCCGUUCGGCCCUCCUCUGUCCGAGGGGCAGCGAUUUUUGGGGGGCUCGGGUCUGCGCCCCUUCCUGCUGGCCAAAGCCAUCAACGGCGAGAACGCGGCGGCUCGGGGGGGUCGUUUGGGGGCGAUGGCUGCGCGCACCCGCCGCCAAUACCUCCAGGAGCUGCUGCGCGUUCACGGCGGGGGGACCCCACUGCCCGCACCCCCCCGGGGGCUCCCCACAAUCGGGGGGCGCCGCCGAGGGGGCUCCACCGCGGUUUCGGGGGGUUCGGGGGCUCCGGCGGUGGCGGGAGCGUUGGUUUGGGGGGCUCGCGUUGAAAACGGGGGGCCCGGCGGGGUGGAGCUGCCGUGUUUGCUCGGGGUGGCCGCCGAGAGGGUGGUGGUGGUCGCCGCCACCCCCGGUUCGGUCGCCAACGAGGUGGAAAAACCUCGAAAUCACGGGAAUUCGGGGUCAGGGGUCCCCGCGCACCCCGGGGAGCCCCCUGGGAACGCGGGUGCGGUCGCAGACCCCUCCCCAGGGGAAGUCGCCCCCCAGGUGGGGACGGUCGCCACUCCAGGGACACUUUUCAGCUGCGCUUGCCGGGACGUGCUGGGUUGGGGAUUCUCCGAGGGGCGUUUGGAGAUUUUCCAUGGGGCGGGAGAGUGGUUGGGGCUGCGGCU